GAGGAGGAAGAAGAAGAAGAAGAAGAAGAAGAAGGUUACCCAUGCUAGCUGGACAGUCACACAUUGGUACGACACCGUUGACCUGCUACCCUACACAGUCGCAGUGACUCGACGAAAUUGUGCUCCGGAAGAAACUGUCAAGACUUGUUUUGGUUCCAUCGUGCUCCUUUACGAGUCGACAGACCUCGACUAAAGUAUGUCCUGCACAUGCACGUCGGCCGCGAGGAUAUUCUUGAAUUCCGCACACAGAGGACUGUCUUGUUCUCGGAUUCAGCUGUAUGCUCUGAGCAGACCUGGUUCUCGUGAAGCCCCCCUAUCUCCCAGAGUCCGAGUGAGAUCCAUCCAUGAAACGGCAGUAUGUUUCGCCGCUAAAGAUGGAUCCACCAAGGAUGGAUCCAGCGAUGGCGGAAAGAAGAACCUCAGUGAAGGAAAGAGACUGUCGGACUCUUCUGGUGGAUCAGGGAAAGGGGGGAACCAGCUGCACUGUCCCAAAUGUGGAGACCCCUGCACACAUGUGGAGACCUUUGUAUCGUCAACACGUUUUGUGAAGUGUGAGAAAUGCCAUCACUUCUUCGUGGUGCUCUCUGAGACAGACUCUAAGAAGGGUCUGAAUAAAGAACCAGAGUCGCCCGCUGAGGCUGUCAAAAUGGCCUUCGUACAGAAACCUCCCCCGCCACCCAAAAAGAUCUAUGCCUACCUGGACAAGUACGUAGUGGGUCAGUCCUAUGCUAAGAAGGUGCUGGCGGUGGCUGUGUAUAAUCACUACAAGAGGAUCCACAACAACAUCCCUGCUGGGAGCAGACAGGUGGAGGAGAAACAGGCCUCGCUCACACCACGAGAGCUAGAGCUGAAAAGACGGGAGGAUGAGUACAGAUUCACAAAACUCCUUCAGAUAGCAGGGAUCAGUCCCCAUGGCAAUGCUCUGGGGGCCUCCAUGCAGCAGCAGGCCAAUCAGCAGGCUCCUCAGGAGAUGAGGGGCGGGGACGUGUUAGACUCCACCCACACCGACAUCAAACUGGAGAAGAGCAACAUCGUGUUGCUAGGCCCCACCGGAUCAGGAAAGACAUUGUUGGCCCAGACCCUGGCCAAGUGUCUAGAUGUACCCUUUACCAUCUGUGAUUGUACCACCCUGACCCAGGCUGGCUAUGUUGGGGAGGACAUCGAGUCUGUUAUCGCCAAGCUGCUGCAGGAUGCCAACUACUCUGUGGACAAAGCACAGCAAGGCAUUGUGUUUCUGGAUGAGGUGGAUAAGAUCGGCAGUGUUCCUGGAAUCCACCAGCUCAGAGACGUAGGAGGAGAGGGAGUACAGCAGGGCCUGCUGAAACUCCUGGAGGGCACGAUAGUGAACGUCCCAGAGAAGAACUCCAGGAAGCUGAGAGGAGAGACGGUGCAGGUGGACACCACUAACAUCCUGUUCGUAGCGUCAGGAGCCUUCAACGGACUCGACAGAAUCGUCAGCAGACGGAAGAAUGAAAAGUACCUGGGCUUCGGGACGCCCUCCAACAUGGGUAAGGGUCGCCGUGCGGCGGCAGUGGCCGACCAGGCUAACAGCAGUGAACAGACGGACAUGGUGGCAGAGAUGGAGGAGAAGGACCGGCUGCUGAAGCUCGUGGAGGCCCGGGACCUCAUUGAGUUUGGGAUGAUCCCGGAGUUCGUGGGGCGUCUGCCAGUGGUGGUGCCUCUGCACAGUCUGGAUGAAGAGACUCUGGUCCGCAUCCUGACAGAACCACGUAACGCUGUCAUACCCCAGUACCAGGCCCUGUUCAGCAUGGACAAGUGUGAACUGAAUGUAACCACAGAUGCACUGAGGGCCAUCGCCAGGCUGGCUCUGGACAGGAAGACGGGAGCCCGUGGCCUGAGGUCCAUCAUGGAGAAGCUUCUUCUGGAGCCAAUGUUUGAGGUGCCGUGUUCAGACAUCAUGGCUGUGGAGUUAACCGAGGACGUGGUCCAGGGUAGAUCAGAACCACAAUACGUCAGGGCUCCAGUGAAGGAGGCAGCAGAGGAGGAGUAUGACUUUGGUACCGAAGAGGAGAACUGGUCCAGACAGGUGGACGCAGCAGCCAACAACUGAUUUGAUCCCCCUGUCCUUUACCGUCACUCAUUUUCAAGAACUCCUACAUAAU